GGCCAAGCGAUCGCCUAUAUAAGAGCAGCCCAGCGGCACCGCAGGCAGACACCACCGACAACCACACAACAGCAUGGCCUGCAAGCUGAUCGUCCUCGCCGCCCUCGUGGCCGUGGCCCACGCCGGCUACCUCGGCGCCCCCGCCGUGGUCGCCCCCGCCGGCCCGGCCUACGCCGCGCGCGCCUACGCCGCCCCCUACGCCAGGGCGUACGCCGCCCCCGCCGCCGUGGCCGCCGAGUACGACCCCAACCCCCAGUACAGCUACGCCUACAACGUGCAGGACGCCCUCACCGGUGACUCCAAGGCCCAGCACGAAACCCGCAGCGGAGACGUCGUCCAGGGCAGCUACAGCGUCGCCGAACCCGACGGCUCCAUCCGCACCGUCGACUACACCGCCGACCCCGUCAACGGCUUCAACGCCGUCGUGCACAGGGAGGGUGGCGCUCACCCCGCCCCCGUCGUGGCCGCUGCUCCCGCCUACGCCGCCGCCCCUGCGCUGGCCUACGGCAAGGCUUAUCACGGAAUGCUAAGCACCUUUCAGAUCCAGUUCGCCAGACAGCGCAGUACAUUAGCGUAUAUAAGCGCCGGUCGCCGACACCUGGGGCAGAACGCAGCGAUUUCUCACAGCAGCAUGGCUUACAAGUUCGUCGUCCUCGCUGCCCUCGUCGCCGUGGCCCGCGCCGGCUACCUGGGCGCCCCCGCCGUCUACGCCCCCGGUGCUCCGUUGGCCGCCCGCGCCUACGCUGCUCCCGUGGCGUACGCCGCCCCCGCUCUCCGCGCCGCCCCUGUGGCUGUCGCCGCCCCCGCCGUGAGGGCCGCCCCCGUCGCCGUCGCCGCCGCCCCCGCUGCCGUCGCUGCCGAGUACGACCCGCACCCCGAGUACAGCUACGCCUACAACGUGCAGGACGCCCUCACCGGCGACUCCAAGACGCAGCACGAGAGCCGCAGCGGAGACGUCGUCCAGGGCAGCUACAGCCUGGUCGAGCCCGACGGUUCCAUCCGCACCGUCGACUACACGGCUGACCCCGUCAACGGCUUCAACGCCGUCGUGCACAAGGAGGCCGGCGCCCACCCCGCCCCCGUCGUAGCCGCCGCCCCCGCCAUCGCUGCCGCCCCUGCUCUGGCUUACGGCAAGGCCUACCACGGCUAAACCAACUCCCCUCAUUUCUCCCACUAUCACUCUGUAAAUAUUAUUUAUACCCUUUCGGGCUUUAUCGUUAAGAAUAAACGAGUAAAACCUG